AUGGCAGGCGACGCGAAGAGUCGAGUGUGGUGUUACAUUGUGUUAUUAACAUUAAGUUUUGAAUUGGCCAAUGCUCAAAAUAGUUUCAAAAUUCCGGAUGUGACAAUAGAAGUUUUACAGCCUAAAGGUUUUAGAGUUUCUAUGCCAGGUCCGCCUGAGAAAUACCAGGCCGUAUUCUUUGGCCUUGUCAACCGCUUCAUUGACCAUAACUCGAUACACAACAUUAAAGGGGAGGAGUUCCAAUGGACCAACGGCCGCUGGGUCUACGAGGACACCAACACCCAACUCAAAGUCGGUGACUUCAUCACCUACUACGUCUUCGUCUCCAAGAACGGAACGAACUACACUACGCGAAUCUUACAUUACACUGUUACCACGUUAGGUAAUCGUAGUGAAGGUAGUACCACACAGAAGCCGAACUGCGUUCCCACGAUAACAUCAGUACGAGGAGGCACCGCUUGCGCCGGCCAAGUCAUAUUCGAGGAUGACUUCUCCGCCUUAAAGGACGCGUGGCAGAUCGAACAAUACUUACCAGUUUCAUGGCAUCCUGAGUAUCCCUUUGUGUCGUACCAAAGGUUACUGACUAACCCCGUCGUGUCGGUGUCCAACGGCUACCUACGCAUCACACCCAAGAUCCAGCAGCAGAUGCCAGGCUUCAAUAAUGAAUCUAUCUACCUCGGAAACUUAGACUUGUUCAGUGGAUGUACGUCUCGCGCGGAGGAGUGUUACCGCCAGGCGUCCGGACCGGACAUCCUACCGCCUGUGGUCAGCGGUCGAGUCACCACUACAGGAUUCGCCUUCAAGUACGGAACUGUCCAUGUCAAGGCCAAACUGCCUCUGGGAGACUGGCUGUAUCCAGAGAUACUUCUGGAGCCGUUUUUGAAGAAAUACGGUAGUUCUAAUUACGCUUCAGGCGUCAUAAAGAUCGCUGCAGCACGCGGUAACAGGGAUCUGCGAGUAGGGUCAGAUGAAUACGGUAAUAAGGUUCUGUAUGGUGGACCAAUUAUGGAUGUGCAAUGUCGAAUGCAGCUGCUAUCCAGAAAACUUCGGGACAACGGUCUGUGGGGAGAUGAGUUCCACGAGUAUUCACUUACAUGGACUCCUCAAUAUAUGUCGUUGUCCGUGGAUGGAGAGGAAUGGGCGCGAGUGGACGCGACCGGUGGGCUGGCGUCACGAUUCCCACAGAAUUGUGCGCAUUUGCCACGAAUGCUGCUCGAGAAGGGAACGAAAAUCGCUCCAUUCGAUGACUAUUUCUACAUAACAUUGGGCGUGGCAGCGGGGGGAAUAACGGAAUUCCAUGACAACUCAUUUUCAACAGGAGGAUGGCCGAAACCGUGGCGAAACUCUGGACGCAAGGCUAUGCUCAGCUUCUGGGAAGACUUGCCCGCCUGGCAAUGGACAUGGAUAGAACCUGAACUUCUGAUAGACUAUAUUAAAGUCAUCGCCUUGUGUACAUCGCGUGGUGAGGAAUGCUACAGGAAGGCUUCUGGGGCAGACAUCUUACCGCCCAUAUUGUCGGGCCGUAUCACAAGCUCCAAGUUUGCAUUCACCUACGGAAAAAUCCACAUUAGAGCGAAGCUGCCUCAAGGAGACUGGCUGUACCCAGAAUUACUUUUGGAACCUUUCCUGAAAAAGUAUGGUAGCUUUGACUACGCUUCAGGAGUUUUGAAGAUCGCAUCAGCACUGGGCAAUAAGGAGUUGAAGUCAGGAUCCAAUAUAUACGGCAAUGAGUCGCUCUUCGCCUUUCACGGCAAACUCAAUGAAGAAAUGAAUGGCUUAGGAGCGGGCCAGUGGUCCAAAGACAUCACAAGGGCCAAGGGUGAUCGAUGGACCUUCCUAGACAGAAACGCUGUAUUGAAGCUGGGAGACAAGAUAUACUUCUGAACUUACGUCAUCAGGGCUGGCCUGGGUUACAGACAGGAUAACAGCGAGUGGACAGUCACAGGCCCAUCAGAAUCGGAGGCCGCGUCGAGAUGCAGCCAGGGAGGUCGAAUGGGUGGGAAAGACAGGGAGAGGAGAGGACGGUUUAAUAAUAGUGAGAGGCGAAAGGAAGAGGAGAGGAAAGGAAAGGAAACAGAAAAUAUAUAA